AUGAACGGUGCCAGUGUCGUCCCAGAUAACCCUCUCCGCUCAAUGAGCUCGCAAGACGGCAGUGGGCUGUCUCCGUUGGAAGCCGCCAAGCACGCUCAGGCUCUCUAUGAUGACGGCGCGCUGUUGUUUACAAGGGAAUCCCUCGAACACUGCGCAGACCAGCUUGACGCUUUCUGCGCAGGGCAACAUGUGAACUUUAUCUCCACUGGGCUGGAUGGAGUCGCGGUCACAUCCGCUGCUCUCAUGAGCUGGCCACGUCCGUGCAGUGGGAGCAAAGACACAAAAUAUGUACCGCGUCGCCCCAAACUGCGCUAUAACCCGAUCCAAUCUCUCACGAUUUGGCGCAACAAGAAUGACUUCCGGACGCGCAAUGACUUCCUGACUGUCGAGGUCUCCUUUCCCAUGGAGGAGGUACAUGUAACCAGCAACACGUCGGUAUACAACCCUCCGACGUAUACAGACCACGAACUGCAACAAGUGCUUCAAGACGCUCGAACGUGGGAGGCUUCUCGAUACUUCCAACGCAUACGAAAGAUCCUCACCAUGAAAGCCGUGCCUUCUACUCUGACCAAGAUUGUGGCCUUUGGGUUCGGCUCGCUGACCUUCAAAGGCGGCCUCAACGAGACCCCCAUUCACCAACACACCCUGAUGCUUUUACUUCGAGACAUCGUUUUCCCGACGAACGAACUUGCGUGCAUCGCACAAGACCCAGAUUACACAGACGCAGACAGACUGGCUUUGGCUUCGGCCGGCAUUGGCGUUGUCGAAGAUCCCAGGGCUUUCCUUGAGGUCGACGAGCAGUCUAUCGUCUUGUCCUUCUCCCCGAAUGCCCCUGUCAAGCAGAUCGUGACAGAAAUUAGCAGGCCGCGCAUCAUCAUCUGGAUGUACGGUAGCAUUAACUUCAAUUAUCCUUCGACUGACCCUGAAUCCCCACGUGUGGAUAAGAUGAUUCGAGACGAGUACGAAAGAGUAUGUAUAUCUGGCGACAAGCACUUUGGCCCAUUGGAGAUAUUGAUUAGGCGACCUACCACUCCAUGA